AUGAAUGCAGCAAUGUACAGAAACAUGCUAGAUGAAAACCUGGUCCAGAGCGUUCUGGAUCUCAGACUGGGGGGAAAGUUCAUCAUCAGCCACCCAAAGCACACAGCCAAGAUAACAAAGGAGUGGCCAUGGGACAACUCUGUGAUGCUGGUUCACGCUAGUGAGGCUAUCCCAGUGCUGAACAGGCUGAGCAGUGAACAUCCUGACAGGGUUUUCUUCAAGGGUGUCUUCCGCUCAGGCAGACUCACUGAAACAACCAUCUGUAACAUCUGCCUACGUCCAACACAGCAGCCGUUGUGCAACUUCACUGACCCGCGAACCUUGGUUCUGUUACAAGCCAAAGAACCUAAGCUUGGUGUCAACAUGAAAGUCUACAUUCCUGCUUCAGGACCUGCCAGUGUCCCUGUGUUGCCAAAAAAUGAAGGUCUUCAGGAGUUUGAUAUGCACACUUUUUGGCUCGCUGGACCUUUCAUUGCCUUAGACUACUCAAACAACAUCUUGGUGAAGUUUCGCUGUCAUGGUCCUCCUAUCCGCUAUGGCCCACUCCCCAUCAGGGAUCUUCAUUACAUCCACGAUGAACUCGAUGGCAUAACCGGAGGCCCCAACAAUGUCGUAGUUUUUUGUAUUUGGGCUCACCUCACCACUUUUCCCAUGGAGCUCUACAUCCGGCGGCUGCAGAACAUCCGCAGGGCGGUGGUGAGGCUGCUGGACAGGGCCCCAGGAACCAAAGUCAUCAUCCGGACGGGAAACCCUCAAGAACUUUUUGAGACAUAUAUGGAGAGUGACUGGUGCACACUGCAGCGUGAUAGGGUGCUCAGAGCAAUGUUCAAAAGACUGAAUGUUCAUCUGAUCGAUGCCUGGGAGAUGGUCCAGGCCCACUACUUUCCUCACAACCUCCACCCAGACUAUCCCAUUAUCAAGAAUAUGAUGGAUCUUCUCUUCUCCUACAUAUGUCCUCAAUAG